CUAGAUAAUGAAUCACAUUAAAGCUUACGAUACACCUGAUAGAGCUUAUGAUACGCGUGAUUCAUCGAUGACGAUUAACAGUUCCACGGUUUCAUCAGUAUCCACGGGUGGUAAAACACUCGGUUUUGCGUCGUCACUACAUGACAUUUAUACAAUUGGAGAAGUCAAAAGCUCAUCUAGCAAGAAGAUUAGACAUGAUAGAAGCUCAUUUGACGAAAAACUAUCAAAUGGGAAAAUGAGUAUUACGUCAUCUAAUUUGAGAAGAGAUAAAAAAACUAAAAGUCAUAAGCCGAAACAAAAUGGUUGGACGAAGAAGGGAGAUCAUAAUAAUACAGUGAAAGAGUUUGGACGGACUUCUAAAUGCUCUGCAAACAUUAUGCCGAAAGAGAAUGAUCAGCCUAAAAAAUGCUCUUCAAUUAAUAUGUCAGAUGAGAAUGAUCGAAGAAAGAAUGGCAAUACAAAUAAUAAGCCGAAGAAAAGAAAUCACACUAAGAUCAAAUUACCGACGAAAGAGUAUGACUGCGACGCAGAAAGUGCAAAAUGUUACUUCCAUGAGAACUAUAACAUGAUGCAAGGAAUGGAACGAAUGAACAACACACCUGAGCCAAGUCAAGAGCAGCUGGCCGCUAUCAUUGGAUUGAACUUUCUGGAGGGAUUAGAGGUGAGUGUGAGUGAACAUGUGAUCAAAAGAGUGCGGGUAAGAGAUCAUAGAGGGGAGACCAGAUUGCACAGGGAGAGUAGAAGGGGUCAUCUGGAGAAGGUGAAGGAGCUGCUGAAAAUGGGCGCUGACCCGAACACGAUGGAUAACGACAAUUUCACUCCCCUACACGAAUACAAAGCAUUAGAGAAUGUGGAAAUUUGCCGUGUCCUCCUGGAACACGGAGCUGACCCUCGGAAAUCUGGAGGAAUGAGCGAGAUGACGCCCUUGCACGUGGCCGUCAUGUACAAUUACUUAGAUGCAAUUCCACUCCUCAUUCAACAUGGGGCAGACAUACUCGCAACUGGCAUGUACGACGACGGAGAUUUGUUCACCCCGCUGUCUUUUGCGAAAGAGAAUGGAAAUGGUGAGUUGGUGAAGUUGCUCAAAACAGAAUGGAAUAAAUACCUGCGACCAAAAGAAUCGGACAGAAUACAAUUUAAUCACGAAGUUCUGACACCAAUUAGAAAGGCGCUACGAGAGACCAAUGAAAGAUUGAUUAAAAGUGAUAAAGCGAUGAAAUGUGUAAUAAAGCAUAUAGUCGUCUCAGCUUUAAGUGCGGAGUCUCAAGUUUUGCUGAACCAGUUUUCGACCAAGUUUGAAAUAGAAGUGGAUCGUUAUUUUGGCGAUUCAUGUGAUGCGCUUGUCGUGGAAAAGAAGUCGACUGGUAGCUAUAAAAGGACAAGCAAGUUGAUGACUGCCAUUGUGAACAACGGAGUGGUGAUUGAUAAAGGAUGGAUAGAGGACAGUUUAAACAAGGGAAAGUUGCUUCCAUGCGAUGACUAUUUGGUGGACUCAUUCCAACCAUACAAGGACAGUAUCAAGCGAGCCAGAAAAGCACACAAUGAGAGCAAGAAACUAUUUUCUGGUUUGCAUGCAUUCGUGAGUUCAACUCUGGGCUCGGAGCUCAAAUCUGAAGCUGGACAAAGCUGUGAAAUUGCUCUGGUGAAUAAAAUUCUAACUUCAGGUGGCGCAAAAAUCCUUCCUCGGGAACCUAAACCGACUUCGUUGUUUGGCAAUGAAAUUUCACUAGCAUGUGGAUGCCCCAAGCGUGAAUUUGUGGCAGAAGACUCACCACUCAGUGAUAUGGGAGUGUUUGUGGUCACUGGAACUGUCAUCGACGGGGAAGAAGAUAAAAAAUACAAGCCAGUUUUCCCUGGACUGUACCACGUGACUACUAGCUGGCUGUACGAUUGCGUCGUUGCUUUCGCUAUACAGUAGAAAAAAUCAUGUGCGAAACUACCGAAUUGUAAUUCUAAGAUCGAUAAAUAUAUAUCAAAUGUCGAUAAUGAAUGAAUUCAACUUGUCAUGAAUGAACUUGUGAAUAUGAACCUGAUUCGAAAAAAAAACAAUGGAAUUGGAAUGAACAAUAUAAUGUGAUUACGUGUAAAUGAACAUAUUUUUAUAUCCUGAAUGAGUUUGACUUGUUUCUGCCGUGUGGUCUUUUUGAUAGCAGACU